AUGGGAAAGGGCGCCCCCCUGGAGAUCGAGCGCGACAACCCCAGCGGGAUCCAGUCGCAGGCGAGGCGGUGCGGGGGAGGCGGUGCGGCAGCCCGCCGCGGCCCCACCCACAGCGAGAGCGCCGCGGCGCAGCGACCGAGCCGGCAGCCCAAGACCCGCGUCGGGUAUCUCCCCUCCACGUGUCGCUCGGAGAACGUCCGAACGCCUUCAGCUCUCCUUCCAGGGUCUAUAGGAGUAAGAGAUCUGAUUGAUGAAACACCUGAGAACCACGGUGGCUACAUGCAGAGCGGCAUAGCCAAAAAUUUCGCCAUGGCCUCCCUCCAAGCUCUCUUGUGCGCCGCCGCUCUCCUCCUGCUCGUCCUGGACGCGCGCGCGGCCUCCGCCACGCUGGUCCAGGACAAGUGCGAGAGCUACGCCGGCGGCGACCGGAGCAGCUACGACUACUGCGUCUGGAAGCUGGGGCGCGACGCGGGCAGCGCCAGCGCCGACGCGCGCGGCCUCGCCGCCAUCGCGGCGAGGAUGGCGAGGGCGUCGGCCAAGGACACGGGGGACAGGAUCGCCCGGAUGCAGGCGAACGAGACGGUCCCGGCGCGGCGGGACUGCCUGGCCGCGUGCGCUGCCGAGUACGCCGCCGCCGUGCGCCGGCUCGGGCGCGCCGCGAGGGGCGCCGCGCGGGGCGGCGGCGCGGGCCUGCAGCGGGCGCAGACGCUGCUCGCGGAGGCGGCGGGCACCCCCGCGCGCUGCGAUGGCGCGUUCGCGGCCGCCGGGCAGGACUCGCCGCUGGCCGGCGCGGACCGCGGGCUCGACGACGAGAUCGAGCUGGCCCUGUCCCUCCUGCCCUCGACGCCGCCGGCGCCGCCGGUUAAUUAG